CUUUUUCAUUGAGGAACAUUUAACUUGGUUUUUCUCGCCUAGAAAGAAUUAUGUGUAAUUAUAGCCAAUGGUGCUAAUGGUCAGGUCUUUUCGAAGUACAGUCAACAUACUUCAAUGGCUAUGCUUCUCUUUUUUCAUUUUAUUAUCAACUUUUGCUAUUUAUUGUGUGGAUUCCACACCAGCCUCCUCACAGGAGAUAAUUUUAUAUCAUCAUCAGAAACGUAGUGCAGAAGGAGCAGAAACAAGACUUCAAACAACUCAAAGUAAGGGACAUAAUAAAAGCCGUGCCACCUCGCUACAGCAAGAUUUCCCCGAUGUCCCCAGUGAUCUGUAUCCCACCAACUUGGUAUUAGUGUCAACAUUAGACGGUUCCAUUCGAGGCAUCGACCGGUUUCAAGGCGAUGUUCACUGGACCCUGAAAGGAGGACCAAGUAGUUCUCUUAUUAAGUCCAAUUCCAAAUUUGAAACACAUCAGCUAUAUAAGUCAGGGCCAGAUUUCAGCAAUAGCUAUGAGUCUGAAGAAGAAACAGACGAGGAAAAGUUAUUUGAUGAUGACACUUUUGAUGAUGUUAUAACUGAUGCUGAUGACUCUUUUGAAGCAAUGGAUGAUAAUAUACAGUUACAAGAGUCAGUUUGGGAUCAAACAGACAAUGAUAUGAAUGAGUCAGAAAUAUAUUAUAUUAUUGAACCUCAAAAUGGAGGUACAUUAUAUUUGUAUGAAGAUGGGCAACCUUUAGAAAAACUGCCAUUCACAGUUAAAGAAAUUGUAGACACCUCACCAUUUCGUACACCAGAUGGCACAACUUAUAUAGGGCGAAAAUCAACGCUAAUGAUUGAAAUCGACCCACGAAAUGGAAAGAUAUUGCAGCAAAUUGAUCUCAACAAAGUAGAAGAUAGUUCAAAAUAUCCGCUUUCAAGGCAACAUCAAUUCCAGACGAGUAAAACCAUUCUGCUUGGUAGAAAUGAAUACAAGGUGGCUAUAUUUGAUCACCGUUAUAGAAAGUUAUGGAACGUAACCUACAGUGAAUAUAUACCAAACAAGUUAGAAUGGGAUGUUCCUUCCACUACAAUUCCUACAGAUAUUUACAUUGCUCCGGAUGCACACAAAGCUAUCACAGGCGUCAACAUGCAAGAUGGUCAUUUAAUGUGGACUCGAGAACUACCAUACCCAGUUGUAGAUGUAUUUGAUGUAUUUAGAAGAGAAGAUUAUACUUUUGCAGUCUCUAAACAAGCACCACCAAAAUCACUGAGCAAAGGACCUAUUGGAGAUAUGCUUAGCUUAGUCGUUAGGGACAGAAGUGAUAAUAAUUACACCAUUUCGACAGCUUAUGUGGGUAUUCAUGAUGGUAGCCUAUAUGCUCUUUCGAAUGAAAACUACCCUUUAGUACAAAUUUCGCAAUGGUCAUCCAUGUACACAGGCAGAAAGCCAGGCGAUACAAGCCCAUUAAUAGAAGGCAGCAAUAGCAGUAGGCAUGACUCACUUGCCAACGAUACGUCAGAGAAGAUUAAUGGUGAAAAAACCAGUUGGACUCAAAAACCUCAUGAGUUGUGCUGUCAUGGCUGUGAAUACCAUACCGAUUGUCUGAUUGGGCAACAUGUCGUUCAAAUGCUGAUGGGAGAUGAUGAUAUAGUAAACGACGAGUAUCGAGAUUUAUACUUACCACCUUCUGCGUCACCAGGGAUCGCUCUGCCUUCAACAUCUUCCAAUCACUUACAUGCUCCUUCGACUGUCGCAUCUCCCUUACCACCUUCAACAAUACGACAAUAUAGAGUUGAAGAAUUGGAACCUUACCUCAUUAAUGACUCAUCUCUAGGAGCAACAAAAGAUAGUUUCUUCAAUAAUGGGCUUGGUCAAUUUUGGAAAAGUUAUUUGCUUAUUAGUUCUGUCAUCAUCUACGUUUAUCGCGAACGCAUUAUGACUUUUUAUAAAACUAAAGUGGUUCAUAAUUGGAAGCAAAUCAUGAAAAGGCGAGCCAAGCAAAAGAAGAACAAAGCAAGAAUUGCUGCUGUUGUGAAAGCAGAAAAAGAAAAAAUCCGUCGUGAACGAGCUGAUUCCAUUACAUCUGUUGAUAACAACCAACAUGUUGAUCAUAAGACAGCCAUCAAGGACAGAUCCACUAACAAUGUGUCAACAAAUGUGACUGAAAAGAUUACAGAAAAGCAAAAAGAGAAAGAUGAGGACAAAAAAUCUGCGGGUUUGUUGAAUCACGGUUCAAACGCACCGAAAAAGAUGAAUGAAGAACUUGAGAAACAAAAGCAAGAACGAUCUUCUGAAAAUGAUACAGUGGUAAAUUUAGCAAAUAGACGACUCAUAGCUGUUAAGCAAAAAACAGGGCUAGAUCUUGAAAACUUCAAACAAGCCAAAUCUCGUGUAUUAGAAAUAACAGAUACCGUCUUGGGGUACGGUAGUCAUGGUACUGUUGUCUACAAAGGUGUUUUCGAUGGUCGAAAUGUUGCUGUCAAGCGACUUCUUUUAGACUUUUACGACGUGGCACUGCAAGAGGUCAAAUUACUUCAAGAAAGUGAUGACCAUCCAAACGUUGUGCGCUAUUUUUAUAAAGAAGAAACAGAUCGCUUUCUGUAUAUUGCUCUUGAACUAUGUUUUGGCUCUCUUGAUGAUUAUAUGGAAAGAAGCCUUCCUAUACCCGAAAUGCAGCUUUGUGAUCGCAUGGAUCCAGCUGAUAUACUGUUGCAGAUGACAUGCGGUCUCCAGUAUUUGCAUUCCCUCAAAAUUGUCCAUCGUGAUAUCAAACCGCAUAACAUUUUGCUGGCUCCUGUAAAACAUAGGAUAUCAAAAGAUAAAUCGCAAGUACGUGUCUUAAUUUCUGAUUUCGGUCUUUGUAAGAAGCUCGAUGGUGAACAAAGCAGCUUUAAUUAUACAGCAGCAUCGCCUGCAGGUACAUCGGGUUGGCGUGCGCCUGAAUUAUUAGCUGGUGCCUUAGCAGCUACUUCGUCAGAUACAAGCCUAAGUAGUCGAAGUCUACGAGAUUUAUCGUCUCAACAGCAACUGCAAGAUCCAAACUUAAUGAUGGGACGAGUGAAAGCAACACGAGCUAUUGACAUUUUCUCGGCUGGCUGCGUGUUUUAUUACGUUCUGUCUAAUGGUGACCAUCCGUUUGGCAAUCGUUUUGGACGUGAAAAUAAUAUAUUGAAUGGUGACUAUGAUCUCAGCAAAUUGGAUCAUAUGGGAGAAGAUGGUGUUGAAGCCAAAGAUUUAGUGACGAGGAUGAUCUCGUCUCAACCAAAGCUGCGACCCAAUUGUGAUACAAUAUUGUCGCACCCUUUCUUUUGGUCCAAUGCCAAGAAACUGGCGUUUUUGCAAGAUGCUUCUGAUCGUUUUGAGAUUGAAGAGCGUGAUCCUCCUUCACGCCUGUUACAAGAUCUCGAAUCCAAUUUGGAUACUGUAAUAUUCAAUGAUUGGUAUAAGCGCAUUGACCGCGUGGUAGCGAACGACUUAGGUAAAUUUAGAAAAUAUGAUGGGAAGAAAGUUCGCGACUUGCUGAGAGCAUUACGAAAUAAGAAACAUCAUUGGCAAGACUUGCCUGAUCCAGUGAAAAAAGUAUAUGGUGAACCACCAAAUCAAUUUUUAUACUAUUUCACAACUCGAUUCCCUCAUUUACUAUUGCAUACCUACUACGUUGUCGCCAAUCAUCCUGAGUUGAAAAAAGAAGGCUCUUUGGGCCAGUAUUUCUAAUUCUAUCAACUUUGUACAUUCGCACAACCAUUUUGUACU